AUGUCCUCGGAUUCUCUACCGACCACUUAUAAUGGAACACCGCGCAUAGCAGUAAUUGGCGGGACAGGCCUCGAAUCUCUGCCUGACUUUCAUCCUGUGGCAGCACUCAACAUCGAUACACCUUGGGGCAAGCCUUCCAGUCCAAUCACUAUUUCAGAGCAUCCUUCACCUACAACUGGCAAGCCAAUUCCAAUCGCUUUCCUCGCUCGUCAUGGCGUACAUCACCAAUUCACACCCCAUGAAGUUCCUGCUAGAGCCAAUAUUGCCGCAUUACGAAAGAUUGGUGUUCGUGCCAUUAUCGCCUUCAGUGCCGCUGGUAGCUUGCAGGAAGAGGUUAAGCCUAGAGAUUUUGUGGUGCCUGAUCAGGUGAUUGAUCGAACCAAAGGCAUCCGGCCAUUCACGUUCUUUGAAGGAGGCUUUGUGUGUCAUGUCCCGUUCGCUGACCCAUUUGACGGACAAGUGGGCAAAGUCGUGAGAAAAUGUGGCCACAGCCUUGAGGGCGAUGGUGUUAGACUACACGACAAAGGCACUGUCAUCUGCAUGGAAGGACCACAAUUCAGCACUCGAGCAGAAUCGAACAUGUACCGAAGCUUUGGAGGUACAGUAAUCAACAUGUCUGUCCUGCCUGAAGCCAAACUUGCUGCUGAGGCCGAAAUUGCAUAUCAAAUGGUAGUGAUGAGCACAGAUUAUGAUUGCUGGCACGACAGUGGUGAUGUGACAGUAGAGAUGGUCAUGGGUCACAUGAGAGCCAACGCAGUAAAUGCACGAAGGUUCAUAGGCGCUGUGUUAGACGAGCUCAGCAAGGAGGAGUAUGCUGAUCUGGUGGCGGCUAAGCAUUUGGAAGGGGGUCGCAAGUUUGGUGUCAGCACUCACCAAGGUGGAAAGAGUAAGGAGGCAUUGGAGAAGAUGGAGUGGCUCUUUCCUGGUUAUUUCUCCUGA